UGAAACUUUUAAAAGCAUAAAGCUCAAAAUUUAUCAUUAUUACCAACAUACAGUAAAUUGCGUAAUUGUUAUGGCCUUCAAACAUGAAAUUCUUAUUUUUCACUCAUAUUAUAGUUAAUGAAAUCGAAGUUUAAAUUAAGCUAAAAAUAAAAGUUCUCUAAAUGUUGUCAACGACCCUUGAAUAUUGGUUUGGUCAAGGGUACGGAUGAAACCGGACUUUGAAAUUUGUAUGUUUAUAAUUGAAAUGAGAAAACAAUUUUUUCUACCUUUUGUGUUUCACUUUUGUGCUAUUUAAAACAGUUUGGUAGAACAAUUAAACCACAAACGUAGGAAAACGUCUAGUUUCUUUUCAUCGUAUGAAAAAUCUUGUUAGAUUAAAAUAUUUCUUCUUUAUUAUGAAAACAAUACAGCUAUUUCUAGGAUUUUUAAUGUUGGUUUUUGUUGAUGCUGCUUAUCAUCCAUCUAAAAUGUGCUAUAUCGAGGAAUAUAAGAAUAGAAAAGACUAUGAAAAUAGAAGUAAAGAAGUGGAAGAUUGCUCUUUUCUUAUGUUCCCUGUUGAUGAAAAAAGUUGCACAGUUUUCUCAAGGAAUGUAUGUGAUAAGAAAACAUCAGAACUUCAGAGUAGCAGUGUGGAUUAUGAAACGCAAACAGAGGCAAGGUUUUCAGUCCAAGUGUUGCCAUAUGCUUCUUUGUUAUAUUUGUCUUCAGGAGAUGAAAUAUUUAAGGAGCGUGAACUUCGUUAUAAUGAAUCAAUCAAAUAUCCUCUCAGUGCUUCUUCUGCUAUUAAUAUAACAUUUAAAAUACUAGAUGAUGUUAAAGGUCUGGCAAUCUCAAUCAAAGAGAAUUCUAGGAAAAAAAGUUUUUGCAGACUUAUGGAUUUUAAAGACCUAAACCCUAAAGGAGUUAUUUAUCCUAUGGAAUUAUUUUAUGACUGUUUUUAUUAUAUGACUGAAAGAAUGAUUCAAAAUGUAACAAUGACUUUCACAUCUCUACCAAUGAAAAGAAGUUUAAGCUACUAUGUGUUUAUUCCUCCUCUUUUAAGGCAUAAUUCGUUAUGCAAGUGGCAGCCAUUGAUCAUGGUGUUUAAAAAUGCUCUGACUGUAGGACUUGUGCAGAUCAAAUUUUCAACCGCUCCACAUCGUUUUAAUGUUUCUUCAUAUUUAGUGGUAUUAGUUCAUGCAUCUUCUAUGAAAACUAUUAAUAAAAUAGCUCAACCAGAAGUAGAAGAGAUGAUUUCUAUGGAAUUCUCUUCUGUUGAGGAGGGUUUUUAUUAUGUUUCAGUAAAGCCUGUUGAUUCCAAAAGUUCUUCCUGUUCAGUUUCUGCUACCCAGGCAUUCUAUGUUUCUGCUCCAUAUAAUAUAGGUAGAGCAUUGAUGCUAGUAGUGUCUAGUGUUUUCUUGCUUCUCCUAUUUAUGGUUUCAGUUCUAAAAUGCUGCCAUAUGUAUUACAAUAAAGAAAUCCCUUACAAACAGGCUUUGCUUGUUUAUUCUCAAGACUGCCCUGUUCAUGACGAUUUUAUUUCUUCCUUUGGCUCUUACCUAACAACUGUCCAUAAAAUUAAUGUUUCAACAAUUUAUGGGAAAAUUGAAGAUCCGCAAAAAUGGAUUAAAAAGAAAUCAGGCGGCGAAUAUGUAUUUUCCAGAGAUCCGAAAGACUGGAUAAGAAGUAAGUACAACGAGUCUGACAUAAUUAUUUUUAUCAUGUCUGAAGGAUUGUGCAUAACUUUUGAAGAAGACGUGGAUAUCCGUGUCCAAGAAAUGUCCCACUGGUGCCACCAACUCCCUAAUGCCAAGAACUACAUUUCCUUUCAGAUAUUCAAUUCACCGAACGCUUUGAAAAAAAGAUUUUGCAUAGUUCGUUUUCCGUAUUCAGGCACAAAGCAGGUACCGGAAUGCCUGAGUGAUAUCGGCAGAUGUUAUCAGCUUCCAAAACAAAUGAAGUCAUUUUUGUGCUUUUUGCUUGAUGUCAAGCCUUUAAUUCCAUUUACGAAUUUAUACCCUAAACUAUCCAGAAGGGAUCUAGAUUCGGUGAAAAAGAAGAAGGAAUUUUGGGGCAAAAUGAAAAUCGUACAGACAGCCUUGGAAAAUGAGUGUGCUGUUAGAACUACAAAGACUCUUAGGUUUGAGCAAAAGCAUUUUCAAUCCUUAAAUGAGAAUAAUUAUGUGGCAGUUGACUGUGAAGAUCGUGUUACUUGUAGGGAGCAUGAUUCUGCAUUUUGCAAGGAUGAUCGAGAUAUUUAUUUAAAGGAUUGGGAAGAAUACAUAAGCAGCCUAUAUAAUGAGUCUCAAGCUGCAAAAUGUGAAAAUUAUUUCACUCCUUUUAUUAAAGAAGAACUGGAAAAGAGAUAACUUAUAUCCAGGAAGCCAUAAAUUGAUAAAACUGAUGUUUUUGAAAUGAAAAUAUCCGUAUAACUUGAGAAAAUGUGAUGAGUUUUUCCCUUCUGUGCCUUAUUACGAUUAUUGUUUGCCAAUUUUGUUGCAAUAAGUACUUAAAGAAUAAUACUUAUUAGCUCAAUACCGAAUUUGAACAAAGGUAACUUUUCUGAAAAAUUAGAAAGGUUCUAUGAUGUAAGUAAGAUAGUAAUUUGUUAGUUGAAUUCAAAGAUUAUGUUUUUUAUGAUGAUGAUGAAGAGAAAUAAAAUUGAUAAAACUGA